GGCUCCAGGUUGCCUAGGACGAGCUCCGGAUCAGGCACAGUUGGGGAUGCUGGUGAAUUCCCUUUAGAGUCCAGGCAGCCAGGCCCACAGAACCACCACGGCCCUUCCAGAAAGCUCUGCAUCUGUGCUGGUAGCACAGCCGCUGUGUUCCUCUUGGAGAGUUCCUCGCUGGACAGGACGAGGGCCCCUCCCCCGCAACCCCCUCCAAGGUCUAGGUGGAGCAGGUGGCGAGCAGGCAUCGCGGGCCGGUAGGCAUCCUCCUCUGCGCACACCUCACGCGAUUUCAGGGUGCCAAGUGGCCUCAGACCUUGCAGCUGGCAGUGCGGUGCGCUCUGCUCAGUCCGGGUGCAUUCAACGUCACACAGGCGCUGCUGGGCUGGGGUCACCGGACCUGGUUUCUGCUUUCUGGGGAUCCACCGGCUGAGCAAAAGAGCCAAAGCUUUAUCUACAAGCGGGCUUCUAUAAACAGUGCUCGGGUGCCCUCUCGGCGCUGUCCCUCCUGGCUGCUGAGCGCCAAGGCACAAAGUUGUAAGCAGGGACACGAGAACCCAAGGCAGACACCGGCGCCAGCACCUUAGAAUUGAUCUGGAAAUUUGGCUCUUUCGCUGCGGGGGGUGGGCUCAGUUAAGCCGCCUACCUGCCUCCGAGUGACUCCGGCUUUGGGAGAAUUUUGACCAAGCACAAGUGGGAGUCGCUAACAUUCUGGCCAUGAACACAACCCGGCGUUCUUCUCAUCCUCGGAAACACCUCCUGUCUCUGUAAUUUGUUCCUGCGCCAGCCAGAGUCCCUAGGACAGGACCUGCACUCCCAUCGCUCGGCACCUACUACCCUGGCGUUUCCUCGCUGAGCGCCCUGUCUUCAGCUCCGUGCUUCACCCAGGAGUACUUGGGUUUGGGGUGAGAAUUUAUUUUGUUCCUUUGAGGUGUGAUCGAGAGGGUCUGGAGACUUUUUAGAUGUCAAGAGACGAGUGUGACUGCAGUGGCCCCAGGCAAAACUGAUUUUGGGGCGGAGGAGGUUAGGGUAGGGAGUUCUGCAUGAGCUGCUUAAAGGACAAAGGUAACAGAGCCAGGCAGACAGCUCGAAAGGAGACUUCAGCCCGGAGAAUUGGUGGAAGUGCGCGCGCCGCCGCCACCACCGCCACCACCGCUGCCUUUCCUGCAGCGCUGUCGAUCUAGCCGCUGGCAUCUUCCCGAGCUCCGGGAUUCCGGGGGAGCAGGCGCCGCCCGGAGCAGAAGCGCCAGGCUGCGGCUUGCGCACGCGGCUCACCAUGGGCUCCGCGCGCCAGGCGCUGUCCGUGGUACCGGCUGUUCUACUGGUUCUCGCGCUGCCUGGGCUGCCUGUCUGGGCACAGAAUGACACAGAACCGAUCGUGCUGGAGGGCAAGUGUCUGGUGGUAUGCGACUCGAACCCAGCCACAGACUCCAAGGGAUCAUCUUCUUCCCCUUUGGGGAUAUCGGUCCGGGCAGCAAACUCCAAGGUGGCCUUUUCGGCGGUUCGGAGCACCAACCAUGAGCCAUCCGAGAUGAGCAACAAGACUCGCAUCAUUUACUUUGAUCAGAUCCUGGUUAAUGUGGGCAAUUUUUUCACGUUGGAGUCUGUCUUUGUGGCACCAAGGAAAGGAAUCUAUAGUUUUAGUUUUCACGUAAUUAAAGUCUACCAGAGCCAGACAAUACAGGUAAACUUGAUGUUAAAUGGAAAACCAGUCAUAUCUGCAUUUGCUGGGGAUAAAGAUGUGACCCGAGAAGCUGCCACCAACGGAGUGCUGCUCUACCUGGACAAAGAAGAUAAGGUUUACCUAAAACUGGAGAAAGGUAACUUGCUUGGCGGCUGGCAGUAUUCCACAUUUUCUGGCUUUCUGGUGUUUCCUCUAUAGAACUUGACUUCUCUGUGACACCCACGAGUGAGGGUGCCCACCCCUUGCUAUCGGAAGACCGCUUUUCACCCUUGGAUCGAUGUCUCUUAUUGUUUCGCUCAUGAGUGACUAUGGAUCCUCUUCAAGGAUUCUAGACCUGUCUGGACAAAUACAAAGUGUCCCAGAUUGUUCUCAUGUGUGUGCCAGUCUCCUUCCGUGUGACCCAGGACUCCAAAACUGGAAAUCCCUAACCCUGCUUACAUGUUAACGGUCAGAAGCUGUCUCAAGGCUCCUCCCAUUUAGUUUCCUGCUCUUACUGCACUGGGGUUUUCAUUUCUUUGUGUUUGAAAGACCGGCGCGGGGGUCUGAGAGUUAGAAAACCCGGAAGUUCUGACUUCGGUGGUUAUCGUGGGACUGCCAAAGACUCGUAUAUUGUGUGGAUACACUGAUUACACUUGUUUUCUUUUCCUUUGUGUUUUUAAUUAUAAUCACUUCAGAAUUGGUUUGUCUUGUUCUCCUAAGGUAACUGGGAUUGUAUUCUAGCAACUGGCAUUGUGUUUUCUCUAUCCACAAGGUAACAAAUGGCUUGCCUCAAAAUGUCCCUUAACUCUGAGCUCACCCACAUGACCUCCCUCCUGCUCCCUAAAACGAAUGCUCCAUAGUUGUAUUUUAAUUAUAUAUGUGAAAGAGUCAUAUUUUCCAAAUUAUAUUUUCUAAUAGGAAAAAUAGAUCACAAUCUGACAAAGAAGAAGUUACUUACCCCAAUUCUAAGUGCUCAGUCCCUAAAUGUUGGCAAAAUAGCUCUUACACUUUACUGUUCAACUUUAAUUAAUGUGAUUGAUAACAACCACUUUAUUAGAACCAGAGGGGAUUAUUUCCCCCUUUAACAUGACCACUUUAUUAACUGGAGAUGGUAUGCCCUUGUUUUUAAUUAUAUCUAUUUUUCAAAUCUCCUGUUGUGUUUGAAAUAUCAUCUGGUUUUGCCUUAAUUCCUCAACUUGUAUAUAUAAUAUAUAUUUAUCUGUUCAGCUAAUAUUAAAUCCAGAUACUCCAUAACGAAAUUUAGUGCAAUAUCUUAUUUUGUCUUUUGUAUAGGUCAUAUGAAUUCAUAAAUUAUU